AUGCCAAAUUGCACAACACCUUCAUCAUCGUCCCAUGAUCCACAAUCACCAUCAAGUGAAGAUAUAAUUGAUAUAUCAUCAUCAGUCACGUUUGAUUCACCGAAACUUGGUGGUCGUCAACGUGAUGUUAUCUGGUCUCAUUUUGAUGAUAUGGGUCCUGCAAAAACACCCGGUCAUCGAAAAGCUCAAUGCAAAUAUUGUUCACAGUAUUUCAAUUUUGCAAAGCUUAAUUUGAUGUACACGCAUGCUGCACAUCAAUGCGAUCAAAUAAUCAAUUAUAAUCCAAGUGGUCGCAAGGAAAUUAUUCUAAAAAUGCGCGGUUUCGAAGAGGAAUCAUUACCUUCGAGAAAAAAGAAACGAUCAACGGAGGUGACCUCAACCGAUUCUCCGUCUCGCAAGCAACAUACAAUGGAUCGAUUUGCAACAAGAAUAAUAUCUUAUAGUGAACAGCAAACCAUCGAUCGUUAUUUAUUGAGAGCCAUUGUUAUGAAUGGAAUUUCUUUUCGAACAAUAAAUAACAAUUUUUUCGUAGAAUUUAUUAAAAGAAUCAAUCCAUCAUAUGAUUUACCUGGUAGGAAAAAAAUUACCCAGGAAACACUUACACAAGAACUUGCUUACGUCGAAAGUCAGAAUGAAUCAUUGUUAUCUGAAGCAGCACAUCUGACAUUAAAUAUUGAUGGAUGGAGUGAUCGGUGUCAUCGAUCGUUAUAUGAGUACAACGUAAUCACAGACAGUCGUAAGGCAAUUGUUCUUUCUCUUAUUGACGUCAGCAGCUUCAGUCACACAGCUGAAUUUUUGACCAAUAAACUGGAGUCUGUUUUGGCUCGAAUUUCUACUAAUAUUAAUAUCAUAUCAAAAAUUCGUGCAAUUGUUACUGACAAUCCAAAUACAAUGCGAAAAAUGCGUGAAUUGUUUACUUCUAAGCCAGGACACCAACAUAUUAUUGGACUGCGAUGUUUUGCGCAUGCAAUCAAUUUAAUUGCUGGUGAUAUGAUUAAACACGUUUUUGCAUCGAACACAAUCAGGAAAAUCACAGUCAUUACAUCGUAUCAAAAUCAAUCACACAUGUUCAAAUCGAAGCUGAAAGAAGAAGCUCAACGAAUCAAGAUUCGCAAAGAAUCUUUGCAUACAAUUGUUCCAACUAGGUGGUCUAGCGUUGCAGAUUGUUUACAUUCGUUCAUUCUUCUUCGAGCACCACUUGAAUUACUUGUGGCCGCAGAUAGAUCAAUUGCACCACCAAAGGUCGUUAAUAUUAUCAAUAAUCGUUCAUUUUUUUAUGAUAUCGACAAUUUAUACAAAAUCAUGAAGCCAUUAGCUUAUGCUAUUUCGAUUAUUCAAUCUGCUUCUCUUACAUUAGCAGAUUGCUAUUUAAUCUUAUGUUAUCUUCAUUUGGUAACCGAAAAAUUCAUUGAAAAUACGGAGACUCGCAUGUUCGGCCGACAUGUUCAAAGGGUAGUGAAUGUACGACUCAAGGCAUUUCAAAAUGAUAUCUAUUUAAGCGCGUAUUAUCUUCAUCCAAAAUAUCGUGGUGGCGGAAUGUUAACCAAUGGUCGCUCGGCAGUUUACAAAUACCUUGCUGAAUAUAGCAAGACGAUUGGAAAUAACUUAGCCACGACAAAAAAUGUUAUUAGUGCUUUGCAGCGGUACGAAAUCAAAAGUGGACCAUAUGGUCUAACUUUCACGCAAGACGAUACACCGGCAUCAUGGUGGUCCAUGAUUAAUGACAGUACUCACAAAAAUUCCUUGUCGAAUAUCGCAUUACAACUUUUUGCAAUCACACCGCACGCUGUAAUGCCUGAGAGACUAUUUUCGGUUCUCGAUUGGCAACAUGCCAAACGUCGAAAUCGUUUGAAUCCAUAUACUUUGGAAGCAAUUGCAAAAAUUCAUACAUUUUAUAAGAAUGGGUCGAACGAUUCAAAUGAUUCUGCUGAUUUGGGUGAUAUUGAAGGGUUAUUGAAUUUAACUGAUGGAUUAUCUGUCAAUCCACACACAACUGAAAAUAAGAAUUCUACUUCUGGUGAUGCAAUUGAACUAAUUCAAUGUGUUAAUGAUAAUCAUAAGCUUUUAUGUGAAAAAUGUGAAGAAGAAUGCAUUGAUGAAGAACAGUCGAAUGAUAAUGAAAACAUCUUCGAAUUCAAGUGUCUGCUAAAUAUGCACGAUAGAGAUUUUCAACGAAUACUUGUCGAUCUUGGCUUUAUCGAUGACACUUAUGAACAAUAUGCUGAAUCAGAUAAUCUAACAGAGGACGAUGUGGCUCAAAAUGGAUGUAACGAAGAUUAUGAUGUUGAUACUUUAUUGACAGAAUCAAUGGCUCUAUAA